AUGAAAAAACAGAAUAAAAAAGACAAACUUAUACUAAAACCUCAGAAAUCCCUUCAGUCCUCGCCUAAUUUGCAAUUCGAUAAUGUAAAGAAGCAAAGUUUCUCACCCUUUAUUCAAAGUUCCAACGUCUAUGACCUUUUGCCUGAGGAAACGCAUGAGGAUGAGAAAAUGAUGGAGAAUCAUAAGUUGAAUAACUUCAGACCUCCUUCAAAUAACAAUAGCAAUAAGUCUACACUUAACUCAAUGGGUUUGAACUAAUUUAUGGAGGGAGAAAAUUUGAAAAAUUUGGGACUAAGUACAAAAGAGGAAGACACUGAUGAGCGUGACGAUGAUGACGUAUUAUCAGAUAAACAUCACGACCUUAAUAACUAUUCCGAUUAACUUUCGAAAGAUAAUCACCAUGUUAUUAAUGGAUAGAAUGAAAACGAAACUUAAAUUCUAAUAACCAAGAAAAAAGACCAGUAAAUCUAAUUUAAUGGUGAAAAACACUUAUCUGAUGAUAUGCAAGAUGAAUUCAUGUCUUUGGAUCCAUCGCAAUCAUAAGAAAAAUCUUAAAAGCAUAUCUUGAAGGAUAUUGCAUUCAUGAUGAUACAAGGAGAUUACAAACAAGCACUACAGAAUCUUUAAAAGCUGCAGAAUCCUUCUAAUGAAGUGAAUUUCUUGCAAAUAACUUGCCACAUCAAGCUUAAGAAUUAUCACAGAGCUAUUCAAAUGCUUAAUGAUUUAAAGAGAAACCAACUAAAUCGAAAGAUAAAGCUAAAGGCAAUACAAUUACGAAUGCAAGUUUUUAGAAAGUUAGCUAAGUAUGAUGAAAGUUUAAAUGACGCAAGGUGUCUGUAGGCACUUAUGGAUCAUCGUUAGCUUAUUCAAAAUGAAGAUUUGAAACAUCAAAUUAAAGAACUGAAGAUAUUAAGUGAGCAUUAUGAAAAUAAGAAAAAGAGUAUCUAUAUUAGAGCUCUUGAGGCUAUAUUACAUUUUAUGAAACACAAUAAGAAUUUAAUGAUACUUAUCGUCGGGCUACUACUAGCUUAUCUUUGUAGAACUCAAUUCUCUAAUGUAUUCUGGUACGUCAAGAACUUUCAGCAAACAAUUAGUUAACUUAAAAUAUUAAACGCUUGA